UAUUUUAGCAUCCAGCCGGCGGCCGGUGGUCUUCCAGUCGGCCGGACCCUCUCCUCCGCUCUCUGCGCUCCUCCGCCAGCCCCCGGCCCGGCCCGCGCCCCAAGGAGUCUGCAUGUCCGUCUGAGAGUCCGCCCGUCCCCCGGACCGCAGACAUGCUCAGCUUUGCGGACGCGCGCCUCUGGCUGCUACUCGCGGCCACUUGGUGCCUGGCCGCUGCUCAGGCUGUCCAAGAGACGCCGAAAGGAAGAAAGGGACCCCAAGGAGACCGAGGCCCCCGUGGUCCCAGGGGUCCCCCAGGCCUUCCCGGCAGAGAUGGUGAAGAUGGUCCCCAAGGCCCGCCCGGACCCCCUGGUCUUCCUGGUCUUGGUGGGAAUUUUGCCGCCCAGUAUGAUGCUAGCAAAGGAUUGGACAUGGGUCCCGGACCAAUGGGCCUGAUGGGACCCAGAGGCCCCCCUGGUGCAACCGGACCCCCGGGUGCGCAAGGCUUCCAAGGACCUGCCGGCGAGCCCGGAGAGCCUGGCCAGACUGGACCCGCAGGUGCCCGAGGACCCCCCGGACCCCCCGGAAAGUCUGGAGAGGACGGCCACCCUGGAAAGCCCGGAAGACCCGGCGAGAGAGGCAUCGUGGGACCACAGGGCGCACGCGGCUUCCCUGGGACUCCCGGCCUGCCUGGAUUCAAAGGGAUUCGGGGACACAACGGCUUGGACGGCCUGAAAGGACAAGCGGGCGCUCCCGGCGUGAAGGGUGAACCUGGGGCCCCCGGAGAGAACGGAACCCCUGGCCAAGCCGGAGCCCGAGGCCUUCCCGGAGAGCGAGGACGCAUCGGAGGCGCCGGCCCCGCGGGAGCUCGUGGAAGCGACGGCAGCGUCGGCCCCGUCGGCCCUGCUGGUCCCCUCGGCUCUGCUGGCCCCCCCGGCUUCCCAGGCGCCCCUGGCCCCAAGGGCGAGAUCGGACCCGUCGGGAACCCCGGCCCCGCCGGCCCCGCCGGGCCUCGUGGCGAGCUGGGCCUUCCAGGGAUGACCGGCCCGGUGGGCCCCGCAGGUAAUCCCGGAGCCAACGGUCUGACUGGGGCCAAGGGAGCUGCGGGUCUCCCCGGCGUCGCCGGCGCCCCUGGUCUGCCCGGUCCUCGUGGCAUCCCUGGCCCCGCUGGAGCUGCCGGCGCCUCUGGGCCCAGAGGCCUCGCGGGCGAGCCCGGUCCGGCCGGUUCCAAAGGAGAGAGCGGAAACAAGGGGGAGCCGGGCUCUGCCGGCCCCCAAGGCCCCCCCGGCCCCAACGGCGAAGAAGGCAAGAGAGGACCCAACGGCGAGCCUGGCUCCAGCGGGCCGGCAGGCCCCCCCGGCCUCCGAGGCGUCCCUGGAUCCCGGGGCCUUCCUGGAGCUGAUGGCCGAGCCGGUGGCAUGGGCCCCCCUGGGAACCGUGGAUCCUCUGGGCCCGCGGGAGUUCGAGGCCCCAACGGAGAUGCUGGCCGGCCUGGCGAGCCUGGUCUCAUGGGCCCCAGAGGUCUCCCCGGCUCCCCUGGAAAUAGUGGCCCCACUGGCAAAGAAGGCCCCGCCGGGCUUCCCGGUGCUGACGGCAGACCUGGCCCCACGGGUCCUGCUGGCAAUAGAGGUGAACCCGGUAACAUUGGCUUCCCAGGACCUAAAGGCCCUACCGGCGAUCCUGGCAAAAGUGGAGAAAAGGGUCACGCUGGUCUUGCGGGUGCUCGGGGCGCUCCUGGCCCCGACGGGAACAACGGCGCUCAGGGACCCCCCGGCCCCGCGGGUGUCCAAGGUGGAAAAGGGGAGCAGGGCCCUGCUGGUCCUCCAGGCUUCCAGGGUCUCCCCGGCCCCUCCGGCCCUGCUGGCGAAGGCGGCAAAGUAGGAGAAAGGGGUCUCGCCGGUGAAUUCGGCCUCCCCGGACCUGCGGGCCCCAGAGGUGAGCGGGGUCCCCCCGGAGAAAGCGGAGCAGUCGGCCCGACCGGCUCCAUUGGAAGCCGAGGUCCUUCCGGCCCCCCCGGCCCCGACGGCAACAAGGGCGAGCCUGGUGUCGUCGGCGCCCCUGGAAAUGCUGGGCCCGCUGGCUCUGGGGGAGUGCCUGGAGAGCGCGGUGCUGCCGGUGUCCCCGGAGGCAAAGGAGACAAGGGUGAGACGGGCCCCCGAGGCGAGUUUGGAAACCCAGGCCGAGAUGGUGCUCGGGGAGCUCCUGGGGCCAUGGGGGCCCCGGGCCCUGCCGGAGCCACCGGAGAGAGGGGAGAAGCUGGCCCUGCUGGCCCCGUCGGCCCCACUGGAGCUCGAGGCGCCCCCGGCGACCGUGGAGAGUCCGGCCCUGCCGGGCCCAAUGGAUUCGCUGGCCCUCCCGGCGCUGCCGGCCAAGCUGGAGCCAAGGGCGAGCGCGGAACCAAAGGACCCAAGGGAGAAAACGGCGCUGUGGGCCCCACGGGCCCUGUGGGGGCAUCCGGCCCCGCGGGUCCCAGCGGUCCUCCCGGCCCCAUCGGAGGGCGCGGCGACGGCGGCCCCCCCGGUGCGACUGGCUUCCCUGGUGCUGCUGGGAGAACUGGGAGCCCCGGCCCUGCUGGCAUCACUGGCCCCCCCGGCCCCCCCGGCGCUUCUGGAAAAGAAGGUCCUCGCGGCCCCCGGGGGGACCAGGGCCCCAUCGGCCGCGCCGGAGAGGCAGGAGCUGUGGGCCCCGUUGGCUUCGCUGGAGAGAAGGGACCGCCCGGAGAGGCCGGUGCCAGCGGCCCUCCCGGCUCCUCGGGCCCACAGGGCAUCCUGGGCGCUCCUGGCAUCCUCGGUCUGCCCGGCUCAAGAGGAGAACGUGGUCUUCCCGGGGUGUCUGGAUCGCUGGGUGAACCCGGGCCUCUCGGCAUCGCUGGCCCUCCUGGCGCUCGAGGUCCCCCCGGGGCUGUGGGCAGCCCUGGCGUCAACGGCGCUCCUGGCGAAGCGGGCCGUGAUGGCAACCCUGGCAACGACGGGCCCCCAGGCCGGGAUGGACUCUCGGGCCACAAGGGCGAGCGCGGCUACCCCGGCAACCCCGGAGCUGUCGGCAACGCAGGAGCUCCUGGCCCUCACGGGACGGUGGGCCCCGCAGGCAAGGCCGGAAACCGCGGCGAGCCGGGUCCCGCCGGCUCCGUGGGUCCCGUCGGCCCCUUCGGCGCAAGAGGCCCCAGCGGCCCUCAAGGUCCCCGAGGAGACAAGGGAGAGCCCGGAGACAAAGGACCGAGAGGCAUGAACGGCUUCAAAGGACACAACGGAUUCCAAGGCCUUCCCGGCAUCGCGGGACAGCACGGAGACCAGGGAGCCCCCGGCUCAGUGGGCCCCGCCGGCCCCAGGGGUCCCGCCGGUCCUUCUGGCCCUGUUGGCAAAGACGGCCGCCCCGGACACGCAGGCGCCGUUGGGCCCGCCGGCCUCCGCGGCUCUCAAGGCAGCCAAGGUCCCGCCGGUCCUCCCGGCCCCCCUGGCCUGCCCGGGCCCCCCGGCCCCAGCGGUGGCGGCUACGAGUUCGGCUUUGAAGGCGACUUCUACCGGGCCGACCAGCCUCGCACUCAGGCUUCCCUCAGACCCAAGGACUACGAAGUGGACGCCACCCUCAAGUCCCUCAACAACCAGAUCGAGACCAUCCUGAGCCCAGAAGGCUCCAAGAAGAACCCCGCCCGCACCUGCCGAGACCUCCGGCUCAGCCAUCCGGAGUGGAGCAGCGGUCUCUACUGGAUCGACCCCAACCAGGGCUGCACCAUGGACGCUAUCAAGGUAUACUGCGACUUCUCCACUGGGGAGACCUGCAUCCGGGCCCAGCCCGAGAGCAUCCCCGCCAAGGCCUGGCCCAUGAACGGCAGCCCCAAGAAGCACGUGUGGUUCGGAGAGACGCUCAACGGCGGCACCCAGUUCGAGUACAACCACGAAGGCAUCAGCCCCAAGGACAUGGCCACGCAGCUGGCCUUCAUGCGCCUGCUGGCCAACCACGCCUCCCAGAACCUCACGUACCACUGCAAGAACAGCGUGGCCUACAUGGACGCCGAGAGCGGCUCGCUGAAGAAGGCCGUCAUCCUGCAGGGCUCCAACGACGUGGAGCUCACGGCCGAGGGCAACAGCAGGUUCACCUUCUCCGUGCUGGAAGAUGGCUGCUCCAGAAAGACCAACGAGUGGGGAAAGACCAUCAUCGAAUACAAGACCAACAAGCCGUCGCGCUUGCCCUUCCUGGACAUCGCGCCUUUGGACAUUGGGGGAGCCGACCAAGAAUUCUAUCUGGACGUUGGCCCAGUCUGUUUCAAAUGAACCGUCUCCAGAAAUGGCAGAAAGCAAAAGGAAACACAAGGCCCCCCACGUUCUCUCUCCGCCCCUUCCUCUUCCUCCUUCUUGUCCUGAAUCUGAUUCCUUCUGUCCUGCUCGUCUCCCGCUUCCACUCUGGGCACAAGAGAAGGGUCAGGACUAUUGGAGCACCGUGCAAUGCAGUCGAACCCAGGCCCCCCGCCCCAGCCUCCUCCACAUCCCGACACCCGCUGCUGGGAGAGGCGACCUCUGUAAAGAACGGGACCGACGGGGAAAUAAACAAUAAAAAGCAAACCCUUUGCACCACUUGUGGCUUCUGACUCUCUUCCACGAGGGACGCUGGAAGCGCGGCUUCCCAAGGUGUAACCUACCUCAAGCGCCUCCGCUGCGAUGGCGGCCGGCGGUGCUGGGCAGAGGGCUCUCGGCCCCAAGGUGCUAGUUAGACGUGCGUGCGGACGUGCGUAGAGCGCGCUCACAGUACUUGAAGAGUGUCAGUGGUGCUACACACCGACCCUGGAAGCCGCUCUCUGCACUGUUGCUCUGGCCUGCUGGGGGGCCUUUCCAGCCCCCCCCCCAAGCAGGCAGCUCUGGCUCAUCUCUGCCCUCCCAUCUGCCCUUCCCCGCUCCCUCUCCUCCUCCUCCUCCUGCCUGGGUCCAGAGAAGCCUCGUUCUCAAGCAAGCCAAGAACCGAAGCGGUGCCCGUUCUGUAUAUGUGAGAUGUCGAACGCAAUUGUGACCAAACGAAAUAAAGCAUGUCCAAUGUUCCAAAGGAAA